AUGUCCGGUGUGGAUAAGACACCUCCGAGGAGACUAAGUGACCCUCCAGCAAUCAAGAGGACAACCCAAGAGCUCCCACCGAGCGUCCGGCCCGCCCGCACUUUGAUGUGGAGAUCGGAAAGCUGUGGCACAGCGGACAGCCGACACCGGAGCAAAGGCAGUCCUACACGGCCAUCUCGCCAGCAGCGUGGAACGAUAGGCCAUGAGCAUCCAGGGAAAGGCCGGAACAGGAAAUGCCAGGAAGAGCGAGGGAAUGAUGUGCACUCCGAGGAGCCAGCCCAGCCUCGGAAGAGGCUCACACAGGAACAGCGUGAAAUAGCGCUUGGGUGUGAAGAGCCGGGCCAGAGUCAGAUAUGGAAACCCCAGGAAGAGGCUCAAUUACAGCUAAAGGCCCCAGAGUGCGCCGAAGGCCCUGAGCAAGAGCCCGUGACCGAGGGGACAUCCGUGGAUGGAGGCCAGCGCCGCCAGCGGGCUCACUGCAGCGUAGACGAAGGUGUCCAGAAACGACACAACGAAAAGUACCCAGGGCUGUUGGGACGCCUUCAACCUGCCGUCCAUGUGAGCCCUGGCCCUCACAGCGCUCACGUGAGCACCAUGGACACCUUGAAGAAUGUCAAAGGCUGUGUGGAACGGCAGAGUUACAGAGCUGAACCAGCUCAGUUUGAGCCAGAACAACCUGCCGGUGCUGUCACAAGGGAUAAGUCACCAGGCAAAAGUGAGAGGAGGAGUCCAGAGGAGAAAAUGUGUGACACAGAGAAGGUGGUCGGAGUAAACCUCGACGCUGACAGAAGGGGGCGGCACCUCCAGCCCGACUCUCUGCGAGGGGCCCAGACCCAGAGCUGCACAGACAGUGUCAGCAAUGGCAUUCUCAACAACAAAAUGUCAACGCCCGAGGCCGCGGAAAAGGCUCUUGAAGACCAAGAGAAGGGCAGAGGGCUGGACCAUGGCCCUGAUGUCACAGAGGACAUGGAAAAGGAAAUCAGGAGCGCGCUAGGCCCUGGGCCACAGGAUGAGAUCUUGAGCUGUGCCUUCAAACUGCAAAUUACUCGAGAAGACUUGUGGACCCUAAAGAACACCCAGUGGCUCAACGAUAAAAUCAUCAAUUUUUACAUGAAUCUUCUCAUGGAAAGAAAUCAAAAUCAAGGAUACCCUGCACUGCAUGCAUUUAAUACCUUCUUUUACACCAAGUUAAAGUUUGGGGGCUAUAGGUCAGUCAAAAGAUGGACCCGGGCUGUAAACCUCUUUGCAAAGGAACUUAUUCUGGUCCCAGUUCACCUGGAUGUGCACUGGAGCCUGGUGGUCACGGACCUAAGAAAGAAGAGUAUUGUCUACCUGGACUCCAUGGGACAGAAAAGGCCUGACAUCCUUGAGCUGAUUUUCUGCUAUCUGCAGGAUGAGAGCAAAGCGAGAAGGAAUAGGGAUCUGAGCCCUUCGGAGUGGAAGCAAUACAGCAUGCCGGCAGAGGAGAUUCCUCAGCAGCUGAACGGGGGCGACUGUGGAGUGUUCACCUGUAAAUAUGCAGAUUACAUUUCCAGGGGCCAGCCCAUCACCUUCUCCCAGCAGCACAUGCCUCUGUUCAGGAAGAAGAUGGUGUGGGAAAUCCUGCACAAACGCUUACUGUAG